AUGUUCCUCGUCUCCCUUACCCUUAGCCGCCUCUUUCGUCUUUCCUUUCCUUUUGAGGCGGACGAAGUCACGCAGCAGCCCACCGUCGUAGCCCGAGCAUUCCGACGAAGCCCGGGAGGAUCUCCUAGAAUUCUACCCAACUUUGGUAUCUGUCUAAGUGUCUACCUGUCUUCACUCUUCGGUAUGGACGAGUUGGACACACCUUUUGUUAAGGCACCUUUUGUUAAGGCGAGAGGGGAGGAUCUUCUAGAAUUCUACCCAACUUUGCUAUCGUCUAAGUGUCUAACUGUCUUCACUCUUCGGGGAGGAUCUUCUAGAAUUCUACCCAAUUUUGCUACUGUCUAA